AUGAACAAAGCCUUCUUGAAACAGGCCCUGAGAUGGUUCGGGUGUCGAAAUUCUACAAAGACGCAAAAAAAUGGUCGUUACCUACGUUACCUCCAUGAUGAUACACGCACUCUCUACGAUACCUUUCGACGAGGUGUCAAAGAAUCAAAUAAUGGCCAUUGUCUUGGAUGGCGAGAGGGACCUAACAAGCCUUACAUGUGGCAGACAUAUAAUGAGACAUUACUGAGAGCAAAAAAUUUCGGAUCAGGUCUUAUAUGCCAAGGUUUAGUUCCUGGACAAAACACAUUUGUGGGUAUAUAUUCACAGAAUUGCCCAGAAUGGGUAAUGACAGAACAGGCUGCUUACUGUUAUUCAAUGGUCAUAGUCCCCUUGUACGACACCUUAGGAGCUAAUGCAUGUGCCUUUAUUGUUAAUCAAACUGAAAUGUCAGUUGUAGUUUGUGAAGAUGACAAAAAAGCAAAUUUACUCCUCGACCAGUCACCUAGGUGCUUGAGGAAACUUAUAACAAUCAAAGAAGUUUCGCCUUCCACGCAUCAGAGAGCGAGGAGUCGAGGAGUCGAGAUUCUUAAAUUCAGUGAUGUUGAAAUUCAAGGCGCCCAAAAAGACCACCCGUGCCUUCCACCAAAACCAGACAAUGUGUGCACAAUCUGCUAUACAUCGGGCACAACGGGUAUGCCUAAAGGUGUGAUGCUCACCCACGAGAAUGUGGUGGCAUCUAUGUGCAGUGUGAUAAUGCAGCUCGGUGAACACAGACCCAUGAAGAAUGACAUCAUGAUCUCUUUUCUACCACUUGCGCACAUGCUUGAGCGAUGUUGCGAGAAUGCUCUCUAUAUGGUAGGAGGAGCUGUAGGGUUCUACAGCGGUGAUAUUCGAAGGUUGGGUGACGAUUUGGUUGCACUAAAGCCGACCAUGAUGCCUGCUGUACCAAGACUACUAAAUAGGCUUUACGAUAGAGCUCAAGCUGAAAUUUCCAAUUCAAAGUUAAAGAAGCUAAUGUUCAAUAUGGCGUUGUCGGCUAAAGAGUCGGAACUAAAGAGAGGCAUAGUUCGCAGUGACUCCUUGUGGGACAAGUUGGUGUUCCGUAAGGUGCGCGAAGGUAUGGGCGGACGUAUCCGCAUAAUGGUGGUCGGCUCUGCACCACUCGCGGGCAACGUACUCACUUUUGCGAGAUGUGCUCUUGGGUGUUUGAUCGUGGAAGGCUACGGGCAAACAGAAUGUACAGCGCCUGUAACCCUCACUGUUCAGGGUGACCACGUACCAGAACACGUCGGACCUCCCGUCGCUUGUUGUAAAGUGAAGUUAGUGGACGUGCCGGAAAUGGAGUACUACGCAUCGCAGGGCCAGGGUGAAGUGUGUGUGCAGGGUGCAAAUGUAUUUAAAGGUUACUUCAAGGAGCCCGAGAAGACGCGGGAAGUCAUCGACCAAGAUGGCUGGCAUCACACUGGAGACGUUGGCAAGUGGUUACAGAAUGGUACUCUGAAGAUCAUCGAUCGAAGAAAACACAUCUUCAAGCUGUCACAAGGCGAAUAUAUAGUACCUGAAAAAAUAGAGAACAUUUAUAUUAGAAGUCAGUACGUCGAACAAGUUUUUGUACAUGGCGAAUCUCUCAAGUCGUGCGUAGUGGCAAUAGUAGUUCCUGACGUUGAUGUGGUGAAGUGCUGGGCGCUCGAGAAUGGUAUCAAGGGGACGUUCACAGAGCUCUGUGAAGACUCGCGCGUAAAGAAAAUUAUCCUCGAUGACAUGCUGCAGUGGGGAAGGACCGCUGGUCUUAAAACAUUUGAGCAGGUAAAGGAUAUCUAUCUACACCCGGACCCAUUUUCGGUACAGAACGGUCUACUGACCCCAACCAUGAAGGCAAAACGACCAGAAAUAAGAAGUUACUUCAAGCCCCAGAUAGAAGACAUGUACAAUCAGCUGGAAUAG